GGAGUCAUGAAUGUCUACAAACGGAUGUUUCAAUUAUUUCGCCAACUCUUCUAAUCUUGCGGUUAUGUUACAGUAGUGAGGAUAUGUAUUUUGAUAAGUGUUAAACGUCAUCAAACUUAUAAUAAGUGUUUAGUUUUAUUUUACGUGAAAAUGGCCUGGUUGUCAGGUCUCGCUGACAAGGCAGAAAAUUUAUUAAAUAAAAUAGAUAAAAACACCGCGGCAGUUCUAAAUAAAGAUAAAUAUGAAUUACCACAAUCUCAAUUGACACAUGUUACGUGGAUUCCUUCUGAGCCAUGUGCUAGCACACAGGAUGGUACAAUUUUAAAAUCUCCUACAGAAUCAUUGAAGGAAUUUCCUUUUGUUUCUUCAACAUCAAAUCUUUCCUUGUUGUCAACAAAUUCAGUAAUGUCUAGAGACGAAGAGCUUCUUACUUUUUUAAAUACACCUGAUUCAAGUCCAAAAAAGAAUAUAGCAGAUGUUUCAAUAUCACCACCAACACCUUCUUCACUUAUGGUUGAACAUCCAACAGAUACUACAGAUUCUGUAUCAGAGUUAUCAAUUCAUAGUGGCCACUCAAGUCCCAGUCUUAUGCAUACAUCAGUAGAUGUUUCAGAUAAUCUUAAUCAUGAUGAUGUAAAUAUAAAAACUGAUAUUCUUUGUAAAAAUGAAGUAAUGAAUUCAUUAAAUAAUGAAUUAGGAAAUCAAACUUCUGGAAUUGCCUUAAAUAAUGGACAAAAUAUUAUUAAGGAAAACUCUGAUGUUAUAGAACAAGAAUAUGAAUAUGAUACAAAACAAGAAAAUAUGGAAUUAAGUAGAUUGAUGAAUUCAUCUCAUAAUAAAUAUAUACAAAAGUAUUUAAAAGAAGUGGAGAGAAAUUUAGAAGAAAGAAAUGUAUUACUAGGAAAACAAGAAACAGAUCAUCAAAAAGAAAUUGUAGUUUUGAAUGAAAAAUUGCAGUCUCUAUAUACAGAAAAAGUACAAUUAUCUAAGCAAGUAAUAGAAUUACAAUCUGCCUUAGAAAGAAGUAGAUCAGAAUUAAAUUCUACUAGAUCUGAUUUAGAACAGCAUAAAGCUAGAGCUUUAAAGACAUUGCAAGAAAAAGAAAAGUUAAUAGCAGAAUUAAGAUGUAAUGAAUCUACAGGAAUGGAUGACACAACAAUUAUGGAAUUAAAUCAAUUAAGACAAGAACGUGAUAUGCUUAGAGAAGAAAAUCAACAAAUUUCUGAGCAACUAAGAAUUGUACGUGAAGAAUUAAUAAAUACAGAUGUGAAAUUGGAAAAAAUGAGACAAAAGUCUGCUGAAGCAAAUGUCCAAACUCAGGAAAUUCUUGCUACUGAAAGACGUAGAAGAUUAGACGCGGAAGAAGAUGCAAGAUUACAUUCAGAAGAUAUAAGAUCAUUAAAAGACGAAUUAAUUCGUCAACGUAGUAAUUAUACUACGCAAUUACAAAAAAGUAAUUCUGAAAUUGCUAGGCUUAGGAUGCAAUUAUCUGCAACAUCAACACCGAGUAGUGAAGUAGAAUCUAGAUUAACAUCUCUCACACAAACACUGGUUUCAAAGCAGCAAGCACUAGAAAGUUUAACAACUGAAAGAAACGCUUUAAGGUUACAAUUGGAAAAAAUAGAACAUGAAUUCAGAAACAGCCGACGUAAUGUUCCGUAUAAUAGUAUAAAUGAUACAGACGAUGCUAAAGCUCAAGUACCGACAUUUUUUAUGGAAACUCCGUUUGAUACUGGAGUUACUAGAAGAGUUAAAAGAGCUUAUUCUUCAUUGGAUGCUAUUAGUAUUCGUACAGGUGUAUUUUUAAGAAGAUAUCCUCUUGCAAGGAUUAUGGUACUGAUUUAUAUGGCAUUACUUCAAUUUUGGGUUCUUGUAGUUCUUCUAUCACAAUCUCCAGAAGCACAUUAAUAAUAUUUGCAAUACAUGGAGUAGAAUUUUUUUGUAAA